AUGAGUAUAUCACCACCAUGGCAGCAUCCAAGAAGUCAAGCACAUGCUAUUGAUCGGGCGGCCAUAAGAGGCAAAUGUGAGGACAGAGCCGCAUGGGAGCUAUGUCUCGAGAUUCCUCCACCGAGAGCCGAUUCCCCUAGACCGGUCAGCAUGCACCCGAUUUCUCCGCCGUCAUCACUCCACAAAUUCGUCCCAAGAAACCAGAAUAUAAGCUUUGUGACUAUGAGUUCUGGCAAUUCCGAUACUCAAGCUCCAGGAAUCGCCUGGUACUUUGAUUCAGAACCUGAUGAAUACCAUCCCAGUAGCGAAUCGGAGAAGAGUGCUUUUGCUCGUCAGCCUUGGCGAGCUCACUGGCCACCGAAAAGCGACAAGGCGAAACUGGCUUGGAUGCACUCGGAAUUUCCCGAAGUUCUUGUUUGGAUGUUUGAUAGAACCAAGCCAUUUGACCGGCCGUGGAGGGAAUGGGCUAGGUCUGGCAUUGCAAUGAAGGAAAAAGCGGGAAACGUCUCAUCGACUCAACACUCGUGCGCACAGGUCCAGUAUCUCAACCCAGAAGAAAGGAAGCCAAGCCGUAGUUUCGUAGACGACUUGAUCAAAACCUUGCAUCUCAAAUCAAUAUUGUCUAGCGGGAUAUCCUUUUUGACCCCUCAUGAAAAGUACCAAACCGAAAAACCGUAUCUGAGUAGGCUACCUAGCGGAACCAGUCUUCCAAGAACUAAUUUAGUCGCUUCAACUCAUCAGCUCGAUAUUUUUGAAAUUUCAGGCCAUGAAAGGUCCUUCACGUUAGCCACUUCAGGGUUUGAAUACGCUAAAUCCCCCAUACGGGUUCGGCAAUGGAACGACUCGUCUGUCUGCUCAGAGUACAUUCCUCAAAUGGAGUCUUGGAUUAGUAGGUAUCUGGACUGUGCCAGAGUGUUCAUUUAUGCCUAUAAUUUCCGAGGCUUUUCUUCAGAAACUAGUGGGAAAUCCACGAAGACACCUUUUUUCCGUGCACAUUGCGAUGCGACUCCAACAUCAUGUUUGCGAAGAAUACAGCUCUUCCUUCCAGAGUUCUCCCAAUCAUCGAAUCAGCGAGUGCGAUAUCUGAAUAUCUGGAGACCAAUCACAACACCACAACAAGACAGCCCAUUGGCCCUUUGCGACUACCGCAGUCUCAACCCAGAGACAGACCUCGUAGCUGCUGAUAUCAUCUUUCCACACUAUCGAGAUGAGGCGUACGAGGUAUUGCAUAACCCAAAUCAGCGCUGGUUCUACAAAAAGGGGAUGAAAUGGGAUGACGUGAUUCUGUUUAAGCUUGGGGAUAGUGAUCCUGGGGAGGCUUCAUUGUGUCCACAUUCAGCGUUUAUGGACCCCUCCGUUCCGACAGGUACGCCAGCUCGGAGGAGCAUCGAGGUUCGAGCUAUCAUAAUAGGAUGA